AUGGCUGCGUCAAAUUGCCACUUCCAUGUUCGCUCAAACAGCUUACCCUCCCAAUCAAACCCACUUCUUCUACAAUGCAACGAAAAUUUGAGCAGAUUGGAGGCUUGUGGUGCAACUUCAUCAUCCUCUUUUAUUACCCAAAAACUAAGUGGUCUUGAGGAUUUGCACGAAUGUGUUGAAAAGUUGCUUCUAUUCCCCUCCACUCAACAAGCCUUUGUCCAAGGCCGCCAAGAGCAAUGGAUUGACCAACUGGUGGAUGGCUCUCUUAGGCUUUUGGAUUUGUGCAGCUCGGCUAAGGAUGCUGUGUUGCACACAAAGGAAUGUGCACGCGACAUUCAAUCAAUCAUGCACAGAAGACGAGGGGCUGAAGUUGGACUUGAAAGUGAGAUCAGCAAGUACUUGGCCUCUAGGAAAGUGGUGAAGAGGGCACUCAAUAAGGCCUUGGGGAGUUUAAAGAGUGUCGAAACUAAAAGCUCAUUCUCUGAUCUCUCCAACAAAGACGGCGAAACCAUAGCCUUGAUUAGCGUCUUAAAAGAGGUGGAAGUUGUCACUCUUGCCGUGUUUGAGUCUUUGUUGUCCUUUAUUUCCGGGCCAAAGGCGCAAACUAAGCUUGGUGGUUGGUCUCUAGUUUCCAAGAUUAUGCACAGCAAAAGAGUUGGCUGUGAAGAAGAACAACAAGUAAAUGAAUUCGCAAAGGUGGAUGCAGCAAUGCACCGCCUCAUGAGUCACAAGAUGCAAAUCGAGAAGGUUCAAAGUGAGCUGCAAAUUCUAGAGAUGUGCGUUCAAGACUUUGAAGAAAGACUAGAGUGCCUCUUCAGGCGUCUAAUCAAAACCAGAGUUUCCCUUCUCAACAUCCUCAACGACUAGAUUAUAACUUCUGUUUGUAAUGCUCCACUAUGGGGGCGCAUACCUAAAAUUUUGAUAGGCUAGAUAAAAUGUUUACACAUAUACAUGUAAAUGAUGGAAUAUAUA